AUGCGAGCAAUAGAAAAUGGCAAAAAUUGGAUCUCAAAUACCAAUAGUCAUGAAUCGGAUGUGUAUUUUUACGCCCAGCUCUUGAGAUCCUGCGCCGCCGCUCGUGACUUAGCACAAGCCAGGCGAGUUCAUCGUCUCAUCCUCGACUCCUCGCACCGCCAGGAUCGCUACCUCGCGAACAUAGUCGUGGAGAUGUAUGGAAAGUGUGGCAGCAUUGAGGAGGCUCGGCGUGCCUUUGAAAGUAUCGAAGAGCCCAACACCUUCUCAUGGAACAUCAUGGUGGCAGCAUAUGCCCAGAAUGGGUAUAUUGAAGAUGCCAAGCGGUUCUUUCAUCGGAUACCCUUUCCAAAUGUCAUCUCCUGGAAUGCAAUGAUUACACUGGAAGCUCAGAGUGGGAAUCUCGACGAAGCCAUCGCUCUCUUUACCACGGCUCCAUUCACAGAUGUGGUGUCAUGGAACGCUAUGAUCUCAGGCUAUGCCCACAACGGGCGUGUAGACGAGGCGGUCGAUCUCUUUGAUCGAAUGCCGAUGCGAAACCUAAUAUCUUGGAAUGCGGUGAUCACAGCUUGUGCUCACAACGGGAAGCUGGACCAAGCGAGGGUGUUUCUUGAGCAAACACCGGAGAGGGACGCAGUGGCUUUGAACUCAAUGAUCGUCGGCUAUGGGCAAUGCAAGGAUCUGAAACAAGCCAAGGUUUGUUUUGAUAUUCUUCCAGAUCCAGACAUUAUUUCGUGGACGAGCCUUGUGACUGCAUAUGCCCAAGCCGGGCAUCUGGAGGAAGCUCGGGCAUUGUUUGACUCCGUAAGGUGGCUUCCUAACAUUGUUUUGUGGACUGCCAUGCUGGAUGCGUAUUCCCGACAUGGCCAUCUUGAUGAGGCAAGGCGCUUCUUUGACACCAUGCCGGAACGCAACGUUGUUUCGUGGACUGCCAUGCUUGCAGCGUAUGCCGAGCAUUGGGAACUGGAGCAAGCCAGAGCGAUCUUUAACUCCAUGCCGGAAUCAAAUGCAUUCUCGUGGACGAUUAUGGUGGAGGCUUACGGGAAAAAGGGCCAGCUUCUAGAGGCGAGAAUGCUUUUCGAUAGAAUGCCUAGCAGAUCGCUUGUUUCGUGGACCACAAUGGUGGCAGCAUACGCCCUUAAUGGACACUGCUUGGAGGCUCUAGAAGUUUUCGGAGAGAUGGUAAUGGGGGAUUUGUGGCCGGACGAUGUUGUUUUCGGAGGAGUUCUCGUGGCUUGCACCCAUGCAGGCCUUGUGGAGCAAUGCAGGAGCUACUUCGUGUCUAUGCUGCUCGACUAUGGGAUCCGUGCGAGCGUGGAGCACUAUGGCUGCUUGAUCGAUGUGUUUGCAAGGACGGGGCAGCUCAAGAGCGCCGAGGACCUGAUACGAAACAUGCCCUUUUGCGAGGACCAGAACCUGUGGAACAGUUUGCUGGGGGCUUGCAAGCUCCAGGAGGACAUGAAGCAAGGGAUGAGGGUGCUUCCCGAGCUAAACCCCGAUGAUUCUUCGGCAUACGUGUUGGUUUCCAACUUGUGCAAGGCAAGAGCUUAG